AUCGCUAUCUACCACUAGGAUAGUAGAUUUUGUCCUAGCUGGACCCACCAGUCCACCAGAGGCAUCAGCAACUUCAUCCUUUUCCUUGCCCUGAACGGAUUCGGCUUUCCUAAUACAAUUUUCCCGCCUUAUAUAAACCCACCAGAAGUCCGACGAGGCAAUGACUAUUAGUCUCUUACCUUCCACUGCCCUCCUUUUCCAUCUCCAAUUCGGAUUCUUCGAACUCGAUAUUAUAUUACCAAACACUCCACGCCAAUCUUCUCCAAACAAUUUCCCCUUCCUCUCAAAAUCCUCGCAGCGCCACCGCCAUGGCACGCCGCCGUCCAACCGCCGUCAGACGACCACCGAAAAAAUCACAGCUUCCUUCCCACAUCAACAACCUAGACGACGACCUAAUCCUCGAAAUCCUAACCCGCCUCCCAAACCCUAGAUCCGCCUUCCGCUGCCGAUCCGUCUGCAAGCGGUGGAAUUCCCUCAUCUCCGCUCCUCCCUUCCGCCCCGAAUUCCUCCGCCGCAUUGCAACUCGCGGCGGCGAAGACGAAUUCCCCCUCGUCUUCCCGCAAUCCCAGCCGGAAACCCUCGAUUUCCUCCCGAUCCCAGCCUACUGCCGCCACCAAUUCCGCGUCCUGGCGUCCUCCGACGACCUAAUCCUCUGCGGGCUGACCACAAACGACACCGUAGGGAACUGGUUCUACGUCGGCAACCCUUUCACGAACCAAUGGGUCAUCCUCCCGCUGGCCCCCUACACCGGUCGAACCGAAUUUCUCCCCAAUGACAGAAUCAUGGUGGGUUUCGUCUGCCAGCCCUGCUACAGCUACUGCGAUUUCAAAGACCAGGUCUUGAUCGACUCCCAAUUCAAAUUCAGGGUCGUCCUUUUGUACAAAACCGGAGGCGAUUACCGGUGCGAGGUGUUCUGCUCCGAAUUGGGCCGCUGGGUGGACCGGGUCGACCAUUUCGAAGUUGGGUAUGAACAUUAUGUAACCCCUGGCUACCACAUUACUCUGCCCUGCUUCAACGGGAAACUCUACUGGAAGUGCGAGGAUUCGCGUGAAUUGGUCGGUUACGAUCCGUUCGACAUCAAUGGAGAACUGGAAACCAUCGAUUACUACUCCGAAUUCUAUUCGCGUUCCCCCCAAUUGGUCAGUCUACUCGACAUCGGGGUCUCACAAGGUGCUCUGCAUCUGAUUGUGCUGGAAGACGCCGCGGAGGAUGAUUUUUCCAUCGAUGGAUUGAGCGUCUGGAGCCUAGACGAUAGCAAGGCUUGGCAGCUGGAGAAUCGAGUGUCGUUGAAAUCGAUUUGGGCACGAUUCGAAUUUCCAAAGAAGAAGAGUAGGAGAGGGUUGAUGAAUGGUUUGGAGGUAAAGGGGAUAUUGGGUAUCCACCCAUCGAAGCCAGAGAUUGUGUACUUGGCGUAUGGAAAUUUUGGUGCCUGUUACGCUGUGUCGUGCAACUUGAAGAGUGAGGAGCUCGAGCUUUGCGGCGGUUUACCGGUGGAGUCGACGUUCCGGUGGAAUGUGUUUCAGCCGGAGGUCCGGUUCUGGCCGACCCCGAUCCCGGUUCCAACCUAUGACCGUGUGGGUUUUUCUAGUGACGAGGAUGGUACCUCUGAUAGUGUUGUGGCCCAUAGCAGCUUGGUUGAACCGUCACAUUCCAAGAGCCGGAAGAGGAAGCGGGCAGCAGCUGCGCCAUCAUCGGUUCAACCCAAAAGGAGAUGUGGAAGUUCAGGAGGAAGAAGAAGAGGUUAGUGCUGUGUCAAUACAGCACUAAUUGAUUGCAAUUUUAAUUAUAGAGCACUAGACACUAGUUAGAAUUAAAUGUUUUUUGUUAAGGGAAAUGUUUAAUCAGGUUCGAUAUUAACGUUGUGAGAUGAUUAAGCAAAUGGAAGUUGUCGAUAUUAGACUGGGAAGUAUACCAAAUGUGGGUAUUAAGUUGUAACUUUAGAGAAUUCCAUUAAAAUGCAGUAUAACACUUUCAAUGCCAAUUCAUUGGAUUGGAGUAAUUUAACGGAUUUGAAUUUGCUGAAUAUUUAGUAGAUAGAUUGAAUUAGUGAUUUUAUAAUCAAUUGAACAUCUGUAG